AUGGCCGAGCGUAUUAACCAAAAGGCUAGAACUGCUGCUAAGAAGGAGUAUGCGCAAACUGUGCAAAGCCUUGCACAGUUUGUGUACCGUCGUGACCCUCGCGUAGCGACCGAGCUGGCUCGCCAGGAAGAGGAGGAGCGUGUAAAGGCAGAAGAGAAGGAGCGAAAAGAUGUGGAAAGGGCAAAGAGGCGUCGUGAGGCGAAUGAGAAACUCUGGGCGAUGGCAGCUGAAAAAGAGGCUGAAGAGGAGCAAGCACGUCUUGAGAGAGGUGAAGACAUUGAUGGGUCGACGUUGGAAGUUAUUUACGAGAAGCAACGCCAAGCUGAUGAGGAACGUAAAAGAAAGGGUGCUAAUAAUGGCGGAUUCGCCAUGCUUGAAGAUGACACUGAAGGUGAUAAGGGUGGAUUGAAGCUCAACUGUCCCGCGUGCAAGAAACAGUUUAAGACGGAUACACAGUAUAAGGAGCACGUGAAUAGCGGUAAACACAAGACAAAGUUGCGUCAGUUGUCCGGAAAGGGUGUCGACGUUGAGGCGCUCAUGAAAGGCGAUGAGUAA